AUGGCCGGCAGACGACGUUUGCAAGAGCUUUUUGCCAAGUACGACCUGAAUGGAGAUGGUGUGUUGUCAGAAACCGAGAUGAAGAUCAUCUUCGGCAAGGUCGGCAUAUCCGAAAAGGAUGCAGAGAGCGUCUUCAUAGCUGCAGACACCAGCAAGGAUCAAGUCAUCCAGGUGCAUGAGUUCAUCUCCUGGCUUACAAAACAGGGGACAGCCGUGAAGGCUGUCCAAGACACCAAGCAGAAAAAUGUCACCGUGCACAUCAUAAACCCCUCGGAUCGUGUCAGCAAGCGCUUCACUUUCACCUUCAACGGCUGUAAAAACAUGGCUUUUCCUCUCGGGAAUCCUGCCGAGUUUCUGUUACGCCCCGGCGAAGAGGUUUCCAAGGUUCUCCUUGAUGUCGUGGAAAAAGGGAAGUCGUGGAAAUGGAAUUACCGGUGGUCGUCGCGAUCGGAGUUUGCAGGAGUGGAGGAUGACCCCAACGCGUUCCAAGAUGGUGAGUUCCUUCAUGACAACUCAAGCAUCGGAGAGUCCUCGACAAAGUUCCACGUUGGGAGUCCCGAAGUCUGGGUUCGAGCUCGGGCUUUGGGAGAUCCAGCAGAGGCUGUUCUGUUCGAUCAGAUCCGGCCACAGGACAUCGUUCAAGGCAGUCUGGGGGAUUGCUGGUUGCUGUCGUGCCUUAGCUCUCUGGCCGACUACCCGUCCCGCAUCAAGGCUUUGUUUCCCAGUUCCAGGCAGCUGAAUGAAGAAGGCAAGUACGUGGUUCAGCUUUUCGACAUCGGCACGGAAGCUUGGACGGAGACUACGGUUGACGAGUUCAUUCCGUGCAACAUAAAGAACGGAGUUGCGGUGCCCACCUUCGCCAAACCUUUGGGUGAAGAGAUUUGGGUGCAACUUAUCGAAAAAGCCAUGGCCAAAUUCUGCGGAAGCUAUGGGGCUCUCUCCGGAGGAGGUGUGGCUUGGGCAUUCCAAGUUCUCACCGGUGCAAUUCAUGUCCUGUCGUUUGAGAAGGUGUCGGAGAAUAAUUGGAGAAGACGUUUCAUGCAUCAGCAAAAGCAGUUGGAGCGUGGGGCGCGGAAUCCUCGAAGCAGCUGGUGGAAAUGGCAAAACAAGGACACACACGAUACGAACCAGCUUUUCGAGUUGCUCCAGAGCCACCGGCAUCAGGACCAUAUCCUCUCCUGCAUGAAUGCUAGCAAAGCGGAAGGGGCCGAAGCGGCCAAAAGCAACGGCCUGUAUUUGAAGCAUUACUAUGCUGUCCUCAAAGUUGUGUCUGAGACACAGGACGAUGGUACAGAGGUUCAUCUCGUUUUGCUUCGGAAUCCUUGGGGGAGAAGCGAGUGGUCCGGAGACUGGAGUGACAGGAGUGAGAAGUGGGAACAGAAUCCGGAUCUCAUGGCCAAGCUUGACACGCAAGUUCGAAACGAUGGAAGCUUCUGGAUGAACUUCGAAGAUUGGGCCAAAAUGUUCACGCUUGUAGUGGUUUGCCCUUCGUCUGGCAGCCCACCACCAGAUGGAGAUGCCGAGAGCUUUGAGGAGGCCGCCGAGCCAGACGACGAGAUGUCAAGCCUCCUGUCCGUGGAGUCCACAUUGCAGGCAGCACUUGAUGGCUGGGAGCUUGAUGGCGUCCUGUUGAGGUGCCAACGCCGUUUCGGCAAUGAGAACCUUUCAUAUAGCGGCCUUGUGAUGUGCUGCCAUGUCGCGCGGUCGUCGCAGCUCCACGCGAUGCGAUGCCGCAGAAGUGGCGCUCCCGACCACGCCCGCGCGGCAGGGGGCGAGGCGGAGGUUCAGGCGCUCUGGGAGGUGCACAUUUACGUGACACAUCUCUUGGCAUGGCCUCCAAAGCGCCGCGCAGGUUCCCGACACACGACACCGGAGAAGAGUUUGCGUGCGCAAGCAUCUUGUCAAGUGAAGUCUGUUGUGAUGCAGUGCAUGUCCAAGCAGACCACAAGGGCCUCAAGGCUUUUCUGCUUCUGCUUGGAGACGUUGAUUGAGGCUCUGACGAAGACUAUUGCAGAGUUCGCGAAAAGCAAGCAACUGAAACGGGCCAUCAGCAUCUUUGAGAAGAAGGAGGGCCUGCAGCCCAGCGUUUACACUUUCUCCAGCCUCAUUAACGCGUACGUGCGCACCGCAGAUCUUGCGGGAGCUCUGGAAAUCAUGUCAACCAUGAAGACGCGCGGCAUCAAACCUAAUGUGAGUAUCUUCACGAUCCUGCUGAGAGGUUACUGCCAAGCAGGUGAUCUGCGCGCAGCGCGGGAGCUUUUGGACGAGAUGGUAGAGCAGGGCGUCGCACCCGAUGCUCGGGCCGUCAACGCCUUCUUUCGAGGCUGCGUUUUCCAUGGUGACGUGCCGAUGGCAAGCGAAGUGUUCAGUGAAAUGGAGAGCAGCUGGCAGCUCGUCCCAGAUUUUACAAGUCUGCGCUAUGUCGCGCAGCUCUUUAGCCAGGGACUCCGGGUUAACACGAUGAAGGAUGUGAUGCAGAAGCUGCAGAAGGCCACCCCGAGCAUGCAAGACUGUGGGGCGAAGAAGAUGGGCCAGCAAGCUUGCAAGUUCUGGGCAUCUGGAACGUGUACAAAGGGGGUCAACUGCAAGUUCAGCCACGAUCUGGAAGCAUCGCCUGAGAUCCAGGAGAGACUGCGGCGAGAAAAGGCAGAUGCGAUGGCUGCAAUGAACCUAUCGCUGGCCCAUGCGGCAGCGAUGCUUGGAAGAUGGGUCUUAUGCCGGCGCGCACUCAGCCGGGCAGAGGAGUUUUAUACGUCAGAUGACGGCAGCGGAAGCCAUGGCCUGUUUCAAGAGCUGAGUCGUGAAGAAGCUUCCAGAGAGAUUCGACGGAUAUCCCGUUUCCUCCAGCUGGAACAGCAGCCUGAGCCGUAUGCAUUCCUCUGUCGCACGUUUCUUUUCGGCAGCUCGUCGUGUGCAGAGAAGGCUGAGCUAGCGCAGUUGUGUGUCGACGAGCUGGUUCGAUCAUUCGGAUUGGGAGAAGUGCUCCUCCGGGCGGGACUUUCAGAGGAGGAUGCACUUGCAUCCUUCCGCCGCUGCUUUUCGAAGAAGUUGCGUCUGCGCAGUUGCCAGAUUUUUGCAUCGGGCUUCUGUGGGAAGAGGACGUCGUUUGUGUCUGUGAGUGGUUGA